ACGGAGGAAUCGACCAUCCAGGACGCUCAGUCGUUCCCCACACACCCACUUGCUCGAUACACACCAAUCUUUGCAGAAAUAUGGCUUUGAGACGAGCUCUUCAUUUUGUUUUUAAAGUGGGUGACAGAGCCAAAACUGCGACGUUUUACCGGGAUGUUCUGGGCAUGAAGGUACUCUGUCUCAGACUCUGUUUUAGUACCAGAUGUGACCGAGGCUGUUGUGAAACUUUGUCUGAUAAUCGGCUAAUCUAAGGCUGAGUUGCACAACUGUUACGCAGCUGAAUUGUGUUUCUUUUGUUAUGUGGUGUUUAUUAAUGUAAUUUCCUCAUGCAUUCUUAAUUUGACUCUUAUUACAAUUCAUUCGUAGAUUUUACGCCACGAAGAGUUUGAAGAAGGCUGCAAAGCGACGUGCAAUGGGUAGAUAAACUCCAUCCUUAUCUUUAUGAACUUCACACUGACAGAGCUGGGUGACACUGGUGCACAGACUUAUUCAUCCUCAAAACCGACUGCUUUCUUCACAUUGUAUCCAUGCAGCCCCUACGAUGGGAAAUGGAGCAAAACAAUGGUUGGCUUUGGUCCAGAGGAUGACCACUUUGUUGCUGAGCUGACAUACAACUAUGGGGUGGGAGAGUAUCAUCUUGGCAAUGAUUUCUUGGUGAGUGGGAACCUUUUACAGUAACAUGUUGUGUUAUAGGCAGCAUUACAAAAUUACAACUAGUCCAGAACAGAGCUGCAAGACUAGCACUGAGCUGUGAUAGAAGAACUAACAUCCGCAAAAUGCACAUCAAAUUAGGCUUGUCAUUGGUGAAAGAGAGCAUUACUGUGUCUCUGCUUUCCUUCUUCAGGCGAAUCUUAGUUUAUAAAAGGCUAAAUAUUUUGUUUAAUCAAUUGCUGUUCAGUUUUAAUGGUCAUAAUUUCAUCUAUCUAAUUCAUAAUUUAAAUAUAAUUUAUCUUAUCUUAUCUUGUAAGAAACAGAACACCUAGGCUAGGCUGUGACAACAUACAAUACAUGUCAAUGGGAUUUUGAUUACUAGUACAUUUGUUUUGGCUUUUAUUGGUGACUGUUGUAAUUGGAAAUGUAAUGUCAUCAUAAUUCUUGUUUUAGUUAUGAUUUUAACAUUUUGUAUAAUUCUCCUGUUUGGACUUUAAUAAUUUUAAUGUAUACAAAUGUUUACUAUCUUCUUGUGGACCCCAGGAAGAGUGGCUGCUACCUAGGUAGUAGCUAAUAAAUAUAUGUUUUUCUUUUAGGGACUCACUCUGCAGUCCAGCAAAGCUGUGAGCAAUGCUAAACGCCUGGGAUGGCCUCUUACUGAGGUAGGGGAGGCUCUGUACAUGACCCAAGCUCCAGGAGGAUAUCCUUUCUAUAUUGUGGACAAAGAACAGCCUGAUAGUGGUGGGUGUCAUAAAAAAGUCCUUGUUGUAGUUUAUGGCAGCUCAAAAAUGUUCAUUUUGGAAGUGCAGUGUAAAUUUUAUCACAUUUAUUAGGCAAAGGACUACCAAGAAUGUAAAAAUACAAACAGACUGCAUGUCUUACAACAAAACUUGGUGUUUACACAUCUGUAAUUGAUCACCUGUUGGUGACCUUUGUGCAUGUGUGUUUUCAGAUCCUGUGCAGAAGGUAUGUCUCGGAGUAUCUGACCUGCAGAGAUCAACCCACUACUGGACCACGCUCUUGGGAAUGAAGGUGGUGGAAAAGAAUGAGGAAAAGAAAUCAGUGCUGAUGGGAUUUGCAGGCACGCAAGUGAGCGGAACAUAAGAAGAAUAAUUAGGGGUACACUUUGUUUUUGUCCAUGCAGGGAAGUAACUCAGCUAUGUCUUUGUUUUGCAUUUCCUCUUUGUGUAGUGUAAACUGGAGCUUCAGGAUCUUUCUGGCUCUGUAGAUCAUGGAACAGCAUUUGGGAGAAUAGCAUUUUCAUGCCCACGUGAGCAGGUAAGAUAUGGAUUCUUGGCUAAAUUGUUUAAUGAUGGAGAAAAUGAUCUGUUACUGACACUCAAUUACACUCCUCAGCUGCCUGACUUAGAAGCCUUGAUGAAAAAGGAAAAUCAGAAAAUCCUCACUCCAUUAGUCAGCCUGGACACUCCUGGAAAAGCUACAGUAGAAGUGGUUAUUUUGGCUGACCCGGUAAGUGCCUUUAAAACAUACAAACUUGAAAUCAGUCUGCAUGGUAAAAACAACAACAACAACAAAAAUAUAUACUCUGAACUAUGUUUCUGGUAGGAUGGUCAUGAAAUCUGCUUUGUGGGAGAUGAGGCUUUCAGACAGCUGUCAAUGGUGGACCCUAAAGGAAAUGAACUGCUUAACAAGGUUGGCGUGAGGCCUAAAUUUUCCUUUAUGUAUACAUAAAAUAUGCCACGUUUUAUUUUGAUCAUACCUGCAUGUUUGUGCUUUUCUGCUUUCAGGCUAUGGAUGAAGAUAAAAGCGACGAGUGGUUUGCCAAACACAACAAACAGAAAGCUGCUGCAUGAGAUGGAGCACAUCUGAAAAAACGAUCACUACCAGUUUCUCAUUCCUUGAUUUGAUGAUUAGUUAUUGCACUCGAAACCUGCAUCGGAAAUCUUCUUUUAUUGGCAAUUCAGUAAAUCAGGGGCCACUGAAAAGACACUUUUAUGGACUUAAUGGAUGUUUUUUCCCAUAAAUAUCUAUACAUAAGAUAAGACAAUGUGGUCAAAACGUUUUAAACAACUUACUGGUAAAAGUCAUUAGCCCUCUGUGUUUUGUGUAUUUCCAAUUAUCACAGUAGUACUAUAUGGCAAGAUCAUUUCUGUGCAUUUAUUUUUCAGUUGUUUUAAUCAUAGGCUGUAACAUGACAAAAUUAUAUAAAAUAUGCAAUAAUUGGGAUUUUAGUGAUCCAAAUUUCACAGUUUUACAUCAAGUCAAUUCACAAAAAACAGUUACAUUUAGUUAACAUGGACAUAUGAGCGUUCAGUGACUGGCGUGGUUGCUCAUCUAUGCAGUUGUGUGUAUGGACUAUUAAAGUAUCCAACAAAAAUAGCACUUAGCUUCAUGCAGCAUAAGUAUUGCCAUGUGGUCAAGUUGCUCUGAGUCCUGUCAUUUGUAAAAUUACAUGUUGCUUAUGUAGCAGGAAUAAAUCUCUUUCGCUUUUCAACUUUGCAUGGCAGUUUCUGGGUGUGUGCAGGGAUCUUGGGGGGGAUGUUUAUGUGUGUGAAUUGCCCGCUUUAUGUGUGAAUGUAUGGUUUAAGAGAUGAGAAUAAGAGAAAUCACUUGGAGGGGGUCAGAUCUGAACUGCAGACGUGGAUGUUUAGACCUCUGCUGAAAGUUUGGAUAUUUGUUUUUAAACACUAUGUCAGGUACCAAGUGGACAGUGGAUAAGGAGGCAUUUCUUUUCUCUUUCCACACAUUCAAAAUGUUUUCCCUGUGUAGAAAAAUUGUAGAUAGGGGAGAGAGGGGGAGGAUGAGACAUUUUUCGUAUUUCAGAUCACUACAUCAAGGCAAUCAUAGUUUUGUCUCUAAAUAGUGUAUCUGCAUGUAUUUUAAGAUGUUGUUCAUCCCUGCAAGUCAACAGAAUGAGUGUAAACAGAACUGUCUAUUUUGUAAAAAGCCAUUUUUAAAUGAGAAUGCCUGUAAGUGAUUCAGAACAUUUACAGCUGUAUUUUUGGACAGAAAAAGUCAAACAUUUAAAUAAUCUGAACUGAAACUCUGAUCCUCUCAUCAGACUUCUUUACUUUCUCAGUUGAGCCAAAUGGCUCUUCUUCCAGAACUACUAUUAUGACUUUAUUAUUCCUCUGAGCCAAAAUGGUGGACUUUUAUGUUAGGUUUUCACCUGAUGUUGUAGCUCAUAGAUAUCAUUAUUGAUGUAUAAUAAAAAUUUAAAAUGAUCUUUUUUGGUCUGAACACAAUUCUAAUAAAACUUAUGACAGACAAAAUUCA